AUUUCUGUGCGAAUACACGAGGCAUCAGUGGAUUAGCUAGUUGCUCCUUUAUUUGCCUGAUAUCUUCGCCAAAAUCGAUUUAUAAGCAAGAGGAGAAUCUAUCGACGACAUCAUGUAUCUCUUGCCGUUGUUGUUCUUAAAUCUCCAUUUGGGAUUGGGUGCUCUCGCCAAUCCGGUGGACCUCGCCGCUGGAACGCUUGGUAAAACGAAACUUGCCCUGUCAGAAGUCUCUUGCGCCCUUGAUCCUUAUCAUACACUGGUUAAUUAUAACCACGGAAUUCUGAAUUUCUACAAACCCUGGCUGAAUCUGCUAAAUCAUAACCAACAUGUCGUUAGUACCACGAGCAUCGACGACGACAACUUCAAGAUUACUGUAAACGUGCAGAAUUAUAAUCCGGAAGAUGUUACCGUCAAGGUAGUAGAUCAUUUGGUGAUCGUUAAAGCCAAGCACGAAGAAAAGCAGGACGAGUCCAACAUCGUCACGCGACAGUUCGUGAUACAAUAUCUGUUACCUAGUCGCGCUGACGUCGACCAAGUAACAUCCUCGAUAUCAAGCGACGGCAUUUUGACGAUUAUUGCGCCAUUGAAGCCGGUAAAUGAAAAGGUGAUCCAGAUCGAACAGACCGGACAAGCCGCCGCUGGUCAGGCCGUCACUGAUCAGGUCGCCGCUGGUCAAGCCGUCACUGAUCAGGUCGCCGCUGGUCAGGCCGUCACUGAUCAGGUCGCCGCUGGUCAAGCCGUCACUGAUCAGGUCGCCGCUGGUCAGGCCGUCACUGAUCAGGUCGCCGCUGGUCAAGCCGUCACUGAUCAGGUCGCCGCUGGUCAGGCCGUCACUGAUCAGGUCGCUGCUGGACAGGCCGUCGCAGGACAGACCGCCGCUGAGCUGACGAGUUUUAAAUAACCGCUUAAAGAACAGACAGUAAAGAACGAGGCUAUUCAGGAACAAGUGACGCAGGCACAGAAAGCAGGAUCAAGAUUCAAAAAAUGAUUAGAUUAAAUUACGGAUUUUUUUUUCUUUUAAUAUUAAAAAAUAAAAUUAAAAGGCUGUAAACGAGCAAAAUUCCAUGGGUAUUCUAAUAUUAUAUACAAUAGUUCAUUCUUGAAGGAAAUGUAUUUGUAAUUUUAUAUUAAUAAUAAGAUAAUAAGAUUAAAAUAUUUUUAUUACAUUCAAUAUUGUAUUAUUUCCUUCAUUUCGUUUAAGUAAUGGUAAUAAAGUAAAUCAUAAUUAAUAAAAA